AUGAAUAGAGCAAUUGAGGCUGCAAAUAAGAAUAUCAAGGAGAUCCUAAGGAAAAUAGUGGACAGUCACAAGCAAUGGCAUGAGAAGCUACCAUAUACUUUACUUGGUUAUCGCACCACAAUCAAGACAUCAACUGGGGCAACUCCUUAUAUGUUGGUUUAUGGUUCAGAAGCAGUUAUACCUGCUGAGGUGGAAAUACCAUCUUUAAGGAUUAUCCAAGAGGUUGGUCUGGACGAUGCAGAAUGGAUACAUAGCAGGCACGAACAAUUAAUGCUCAUCGAUGAAAAGAGGAUGGACGCGGUUUGUCAUGGCCAACUCUAUCAAAACAGAAUGACCAAAGCGUUCAAUAAGAAAGUUAAACCUCGACAGUUCACACCGAGGCAGUUGGUAUUAAAGAAGAUCUUUACUGACCACCAAGGAGAAGCCAAAAGGAAAUUUGCACCAAAUUGGCAAAGACCCUACAUGAUUCAUAGAGUACUCUCAGGAGGAGCGGUAAUAUUAGGAGAAAUGGACGGUAGAAUGAGCACAAAGCCAAUCAAUUCAGACGCUAUCAAGAAAUACUACAUCUGA